UGGGUGCCGCUGUGGGUGCUGCUGUGGGUGCCGCUGUGGGUGCCGCUGUGGGUGCUGACGUGGGUGCUGCUGUGGGUGCUGCUGUGGGUGCUGCAGUGGGUGCUGCUGUGGGUGCUGACGUGUUUCCCGCCCGCAGGCUGGAGCUGCUGGCGCAGGAGUGCCGGCGCAGCGCCCAGGUGCUGCAGCAGAGCCGCGCGCAGGGCGGCCCGGAGCCGCGGAGCCGCUGGGAGCAGCGGAGCUUCAGCGCCGUCAAGACCUUCCCCGAGCUGAGCAGCGGCGAUUUGCUGCUGUGCAUCGUCAGAGGCAUCAACCUCCCCGCGCCGCCCGGGGUCGCCCCCAAGGAUCUGGACGCCUUCGUGCGCUUCGAGUUCCAGCAUCCCAGCGCCGACGAGGCGCAGAAGGACAGAACCGCCGCCCCUCCUUUCGGGCUGGGCGACCCUUUUGGGGUCUGA